GUGCCUGCGCUCGUGUGUGUGUGUGUGUCUCUGUCUGCCACCCCGCGCAGCCUCCAUCUCCUUCCCUCUCCCUCUCUCUCUCUCUCUCUCUGCCAGUGAGAGACUCUACUGCCACCAUGGCGGAGCUGGAGGACUUGGAGUUUGGCAAGUCGGACUUUGUGCUCUUGGACGAGGUGGCCAUGGAGCCGUUUAUGGAGAACCUGAGGCUGAGGUUCGAGAAAGGCCGUAUCUACACCUUCAUUGGGGAGGUGGUGGUGUCCGUUAACCCUUAUAAACAGAUGGACAUCUACGGGAAAGCGAUUAUCGACGCGUAUCGGGGCCGUGAGCUGUACGAGAACCCGCCUCAUCUGUACUCCGUGGCCGACGCCGCCUACAAGGCCAUGAAGAGGAGGGCCAAAGACACCUGCAUAGUCAUCUCAGGUGAGAGUGGAGCAGGAAAGACGGAAGCGAGCAAGUACAUCAUGCAGUACAUCGCAGCCAUCACUAACCCAUCACAGAGAGAGGAAGUCGAGAGCGUGAAGAAUGUUCUCCUGAAGUCUAACUGUGUUCUGGAGGCCUUUGGCAAUGCCAAGACCAACCGCAAUGACAACUCCAGCCGCUUUGGGAAAUACAUGGACAUCAACUUCAACUUUAAUGGAGACCCUACAGGAGGUCACAUCAACAACUACCUGCUGGAGAAGUCAAGGGUCGUGCACCAGCAGGCGGGAGAAAGAAAUUUCCAUUCUUUCUAUCAGUUACUGCGUGGUGGCACUCCUGAGAUGUUGAGCAAACUGCACCUCAAGAAGGAGCCAGAGGCCUAUGUGUACACCAGAGAGGGCGCCUCAGUGGUCACCGGGUCCAAUGAUGGCUCGUGUCAUAAGGCUGUACUUAGUGCACUCAAGGUGAUCGGUUUCACUCAAGACGAAAUCAACUCCAUCUACAAGAUCAUUGGGACUAUCCUCUUGCUGGGGAACUUGGAGUUUGAGAGCGACGGCGAGACGGUGCAGGUGCCGGCGGCUGAUUUGGUGAAGCACAUCGCCGAGCUCACCACCACAGGGGAGGAAAGCGUGAGCAAAACCCUGCUGUUCCGCACAGUGGCCACAGGGGGCGGCGAGGUCAUCGAGAAAGGCCACAGCCAACAGGAGGCCUGCUUCGGACGCGACGCCUUCGUCAAGGCUUUAUACGAGAGACUGUUUGGCUGGAUUGUCAGUCGUAUAAACGGAGUGAUUGAGGUGAAGAACUAUAACCCAGCCCUUCAUGGCAAGAACACGGUCAUCGGUGUGCUGGAUAUCUAUGGCUUCGAGAUCUUUGAUAACAACAGUUUUGAACAGUUCUGCAUCAACUACUGUAAUGAGAAACUUCAGCAGCUCUUCAUUGAGCUGAUCCUUCGACAAGAACAGGAGGAGUACCAUAGAGAGGGCAUCACGUGGACACAUGUUGACUACUUCAACAACCAGAUCAUAGUGGACCUGGUGGAGCAGCCCCAUAAAGGGAUCAUCUCCAUCCUGGACGAGGCCUGCCUGACAGUGGGCAACGUGACCGACACCGUCUGCCUGGAGAGCAUGAACAACAAGCUGGGCCAGCAUCCUCACUUCAGCUCCCGCAAGCUCUGUCCGACUGACAAGACCAUGGAGUUCCAGCGAGAUUUCCGCAUCCGUCACUACGCAGGGGAUGUCACUUAUUCUGUAGAGGGCUUUCUGGACAAGAACAAAGAUCCUCUCUUCCAAGAUUUCAAGAGGCUCAUGUACAACAGCUCUGAUCCCGUCCUUAAAGACAUGUGGCCAGAAGGUAAGCUCAGCAUCACUGAGGUAACCAAGCGACCCCUGACGGCUGCCACCCUCUUUAAGAACUCCAUCAUCGCCCUGGUGGACAAGCUCGCCUGCAAGGAGCCCUACUACGUGCGCUGCAUCAAGCCCAAUGAGAUGAAGUCGGCGGUGCUGUUCGACGACGCCCGCUGCCAGCACCAGGUGGCGUACCUGGGCCUCUUAGAGAACGUCCGAGUGCGGAGGGCAGGGUUCGCCUACCGACAGCCCUACGCACGCUUCCUACAGAGGUAUAAGAUGACGUGUGAGUACACGUGGCCUAACCACCUGAUGGAGACGGACCGGGAGGCGGUGGAGGCCAUCGUGACUCAGCACAGCUUCGAGGGGGACGUGGCGUACGGACACACCAAGCUGUUCGUCCGCACGCCACGCUCGCUCUUCACCCUGGAGCAGGAGAGGGCCGCACUCAUCCCCAUACUGGUGCUCUUCCUGCAGAAGGUGUGGCGGGGCACAUUGGCGCGCAUGCGUUGCCGUCGGAUGCGCGCCAUCUACACCAUCAUGGGCUGCUACAAGCGCUACAAGGUGAAGGCCCACUUCUGGGAGGUGGAGCGGCGCUUUGCCGGCGUGCGUGGCAUGGAGGACUACGGCAAGAGCGUGGAGUGGCCAACGCCGCCCAUCGCCCUGGCGCAGUUUCAUGCCAUCACACAGCAAUUAUACCGGAGGUGGAGAGCCAGGCAGAUCAUUAAGAACAUCCCCCCGUCAGACAUGCCUGAGGUGAGGGCCAAGGUGGCCGCCCUCGGAGUCCUGUCAGGGGAGCGGUCCGACUGGGGCUGCAGACGAGCCUGGGAGAGAGACUACCUGGCCAACGCCCGAGACUCACCUCAGACCAGCUCCAACUUCUCCAGCGCCGCCAAGGAGCUGAAGAGUAAAGACCAGUACAGUCGGGUCCUCUUCUCUGGGUUUGUACGAAUGCUGAACUGGUUCAACAACACCAAAGAUAGAGCGCUGCUGAUCACAGACAAACACAUCUACAAGCUGGAGCCCAAGAAGUACAAGGUGCACAAGAGGAUACCACUGGAGAGUGUGACUAGCUUGAGUGUCACUAGUGGAAGUGACCAGAUGGUGGCGCUACACACAGCCAAUCAGGACGACUUCCUGGUCUACCUGCAGCAGGGUCAACUCUGCUCAAACCAGGACCGGGUGGGGGAGCUCGUGGGUACCCUCUGUGACUACUCUAAAAGAGUGAGGAACACUGAUCUUCCAGUGAAGGUGUCUCAGAGGGGUCUAAGUGUGUACAUGAGCGGCAAGCAGAAGAACAUCACCAUAGAGACCAAGCCAGGCCAGGUCACCGCGGACUUCCGCAAGAGCCGUGGAGGCUUCACCUUACUGCUGCCCGCUCAAUGACCCUGAUUAUCAACACACACACACACACACACACACACACACACACACACACACACACACACACACACACACACAGAGUAACAAACAACUCUACUCUCAGGAACUGUGUAAUCAGUAAUUUAAAAUUUGAUUAGUUGACAAAGUAUUAGAAAAGGACAUAUAUUUUGUACAGUCAUGAUUUUACACAUUGUUGUCAAUGCAUAAAUCACCUUUAGACCAAGUUAGCUUACUUAUUUCCUUUUUUAAAAGAGAUCUGAUGUUAUAAGUCUUUUAAACUUGAUGUUAUCAGUCUUUUAAACUUGAAACUUGUUUUUUACUUGCUACUGUAUGUUAUGAUAAGAAAGAAAAGAAUAUAUAGUUCAUUGUCAUUGAUCUUUGAAAGAAACGAUGGACCAUGCACAUUACCAUAGUCUAUGUGGUCUAGAUGAUCAAUUGGUUAUGUCUGUAAGAUCAAUUGGUUAUGUCUGUAAGAUAAUAUGCAGUAUUUCAGUCACAGCUUUAUCGCAGGUGGCAGCCAACUCUGGACUCAGCCUGGCCUGGAUUGACAUCAGCUGCAUUUCAUUCCAGCGCAUUUAUUUACAAGUCACUUUAAUAAAAAACAUUGAUGGCU